GGUAAAGUUGACAUUAAUGAUUUACAGAUGUUAAGCAUAUACACAGAGGAACUAUUCUACACAAGUAGAGUUGAAACACCCUCUUGAAAAGAGUAUCAAAUGAGCUGAGCUUGCAAUUCUAGAAGGGAUUCCUAAUAGUUCAGCAAUAUGUCAAAGGAAUCUCUACAGAACAGGAUAUUGGCACUCUCUGCUCUAUCAGUUGGAUUUAGUCUAAUAAGCUCAGCAUUCAGCUUUUAUUAUGUGAAAGUAUUUCUAAACCACUAUCACAUAGAAGAAAGCUGGUUUCAACUGUCCCAGACACUCUUCAUGAUUUGGAAUGCCAUUAACGACCCUCUGUUUGCAUAUUGUCAAGACAGUACAAACUUUAGAUGCUCAAGAACUCGACGUGAAAGUGUUUUAUAUGCAGCACCAUUUUUUGCUCUCUCAUUCCUCGUGCCAUGGUUUCCAUGGGGAGAUCCAGAGACGCUGCAGCCAUGGGUUACAGGAAUUCAUCUAAUUACAGCCUUAUGCUUCUGGGACACUAUGUUUACAUAUGUAGGAUUAGGCUAUUGUUGUCUUUUCACUGAAAUGACCUCAGACAAUAAUGAAAGGCUUAAAUUGAUUAGAUAUACUCAGUUAGGUAGCCUUUUGGGAUCCUCAAGUGUAUUUAUUCUACAGAAUUUGUCAGAUCAGUUAGAAAACUUUCAGAUGUUUCAAACGACAUGUAUUUUAGUUGCAGUGAUCAGCUGUUUAUUUAUGAUGUAUUGUGGGAAGCAUGCUCACACAGAGAGAGAACUUCAGCAAGAAAGUGAUGCAAAAUCUGGCAAACCUCAAAUCGUUAAAUUCCAGGAAUAUUCCUAUUUUACACUCUCUAAACAAAUUUUGUUUAAUAGAGAUUUCCUUGCAUUUGUGAUAAUGAACUUUUUCCAAGAAUUUCACCGGACAUUUGUAUCAAACUUUUUCGCAAUAUUUGGGGACCAACUGAUUGAAAAAGGGAGCAUUCCAUCUAUUGUGAGAAGCACAUUUUAUGGGGCUAGUACAACAGGUGCAAAGUUAACUGUGAUAUUUGGAGCAAGUAUUGUCAGUCGCUAUGGUUAUUUCAAGGUGUUACGUUAUGGUCAGAUCAUCUUGGUAAUCUCUGGGCUAGUUUAUUAUAUCAUUGGUCCAGUCAACCAGUGGUGCUUGAUGUUAUUUAUGCUAUUAGACAGUUGUUUAGUGGAUUGUAUAAGUGCACUGUUCAAUCUUGCCUUGUCAGAUGUAGCAGACAAUGAUGUGAUACGAUAUAAUAGAAGACAUCCAGUUACCUCGAUGGUUUACGGAAUGAACGCCCUGGUGGUAAAACCUGCCCAAUCAUUGUCACCAAUGUUUGUUGUUAAGAUUUUAAACGUUUAUGGAUACGACCAUUUGAAAGAUGGAACACUUAAUGCCACAGAGGUUCAAGAUCUCAGCAGUGUUAUGUUUAACUUGCUAUGUCUUUAUCCAUGUGUUAUUGGAUGUAUUCAGUUUUGUUCAUGGUCAUUUUAUAGAAUCAGGGAGAAACAGUCAUUUGACAUGACUGUAUAUGUUGGUGCAGGGACCGAUACAGUGUGACAGGAGUAGUAGUUUUAUUAUUUAUACAUUUCUUAAUUUAUGUAUCUAUAUUUUGAUGCCUAUUUUAUGUUUGUUUGAAAAAUUAAUUUUAGAAGAACUUUUAUUAAGUUUUGAAUUGCUGGAUAUUGAUUGUACCGGGUAUUUGUUGUUGUUGUUUUGUAAACAAUAUGUAUAUAUUUCGCUCACCCUUACUAAAGGUUCAGGGUAAGCAUUUAUGAUAGGCAGAUAAUCUACAUUUGUGAUUAAAUUUCCUCUUUCUCUGAUACAUUAGGUCUGUUUCACUUUAAAUCUUGCCUGUGCCAUUCUUGGGUUGUCUUCUUUUAACGCUGAUCAAAGUAAUUUCAUAAUUUGAUAAGUCUUUAGUACACACUACUGAACCUACUAUAGGAAAAAACUAAGGACAUUUUUCAAGUGAGCUUAUGGGUCUUCACUAAACUAAAUCAGUAGUAUCAUAGAUUACAAACAAACAAAUGAAUGGUACAUAGCUUUUAAAUAUCAUUGACUUUUCGAUAUCUCCUCUUUAUCCAAUGUAUAUAACUUUUUAAAGCUUGUGAAAAAACACCUUUGUACUUUUUUUCAUGAAUGUGUGGAUGGAUAAUCACGUUACGAUGUAAAUGAAAUGAUGUAGAAAUUUUUAGUCGAUAAAUCAUGACCCAAAUUCGGUAUUAAUUGGAUAACCAAACAGUGCAUCAGACAAACCCACAUUAGAAAAUUGUAUAACUUAUCCUUUAUUGGAAUGGCGGGUUAAUAUUUAGAAAUGUUGUAUCAAUUAUCAUGCCAUGUACAAAAAUUAUAUAUUUUAUUUUGAUGGUUCUAGUCAAAUGUUUAUGAAAUAAUUAUCAUUUAUGAAAAUAAAAGAGAAGAACUA